AUGCACAAAAGGUGUGUUCUGUUUGCGCAGAUGGCGAGUGAAAUCCUUAGAAAACUUUGCGCAGGAUUACCAUUGGAUCCUUUACCACCGCCAAAGAAAUCUCGUAGUACAGAUGUUCCACAUGCACCCUACAGAAAAUCAUCGUUAUCCAACGAAGAACGCAAAUUAGCGAUUAAAAAUGCACUUCGUUAUUUUCCGGCCAAAGUUCAAGUACAUUUGGUCGAUGAAUUCAAAUACGAAUUGGAUACGUAUGGGCAUAUAUACAUGUAUCGAUUUCAACCCGAUAUUGAUAUGCGUGCGUACCCUAUUGAUGAGUAUACAUGUAAAUGUAAAGCAGCUGCCGCAAUUAUGUUAAUGAUAAUGAAUAAUUUGGAUAAAAGAGUGGCACAAUUUCCUGAUGAAUUGGUCACAUACGGUGGAAAUGGGCAAAUCUUUUCGAAUUGGGCUCAAUUUUUAUUAGUGAUGAAUUAUUUGAGUAUUAUGACAGAUGAACAAGUACUUGUAAUGUAUUCAGGACAUCCGAUGGGUUUGUUUCCAACGAGAACGGAAUUUUCUCCACGUGUUGUCAUUACAAAUGGUCUGGUCAUUCCGAAUUAUUCGUCAAUAAGUGAUUACGAACGUAUGUUUGCACUUGGCUGUACUAUGUAUGGUCAGAUGACAGCGGGAUCGUACUGUUACAUUGGUCCACAAGGAAUCGUACAUGGCACAUUCAUUACAAUCAUGAACGCUGUGCGAAAGAAAUUCGAUUCAAAUGAUCUCGGUGGAAAAGUAUUCGUUUCGUCGGGCAUGGGUGGCAUGUCUGGUGCUCAACCAAAAGCAUGUCAACUUCUCGGAUGCGUUGGUGUAAUUGCAGAAGUGAGCGAAGAUGCAGCGAAAAAACGACACGCACAAGGCUGGUGUCAAGAAUUGAUCUAUGAUCUUAAUCAAUUGAUUGAUCGUAUUCGAGUGUGUCGAGAAAAGAAACUUUCGACUUCAAUUGGCUAUGUUGGAAAUGUCGUCGAUUUGUGGGAACGUUUAGCACAAGAAGAAGACAAUUUAGUGGAUCUUGGAUCUGAUCAAACAUCAUGUCACGAUCCAUAUAUUGGAGGAUAUUAUCCAGUUCAAUUGUCCUAUGAUGAAGCUCGACGAUGCAUGAAAAGUGAUCCCGAAAAAUUCAAGGAGCUUGUUCACGAAAGCAUUCGACGACAAAUUGCAGCUAUUGAUAAACUACAUGAACGUGGAAUGUACUUUUUCGACUACGGAAAUGCAUUCUUGCUCACAGCUAAACGUGCAGGUGCGCCGGUUGGUGGUAGUGGUGAACAGCAUUGUAUUCGUUUCAAAUAUCCAUCAUAUGUCCAAGAUAUUAUGGGAGAUAUAUUCUCACUUGGCUUCGGUCCAUUUCGAUGGGUGUGUGCAUCUGGCUUAGAAAGUGAUCUUCAACAAACGGAUAAAAUUGCUGGAGAUGUCAUUGAAAAACUCAUGUUGGCAGAAAAUACUCCAACUAAUGUCUUGGAGCAAUAUGACAAUAAUUUAAAAUGGAUUCGACAAGCAAAUGAAGCUAAAUUAGUCGUUGGCUCGCAAGCACGAAUUCUCUAUUCAGAUCAAAUAGGUCGAAUCAAUAUUGGCUUGGCAUUCAACCAAGCGAUCCGAGAAGGCCGCUUGAAAGGUCCAGUUAUUCUCUCUCGAGAUCAUCAUGAUGUGUCUGGAACAGAUUCGCCUUUUCGUGAAACAUCCAAUGUGGAAGAUGGAUCUGCAUUCUGUGCUGAUAUGUCAGUACAGAAUAUCAUCGGGGAUGCGUUUCGUGGUGCAACUUGGGUAGCACUGCAUAACGGUGGCGGUGUAGGUUUUGGCGAAGUUAUGAAUGGUGGUUUCGGCAUGUUUCUUGAUGGAAGUACAAAAUCGGAUGAGAAUAUUCGACAAAUGUUAUACUGGGAUGUUAUCAAUGGUGUUAGUCGACGUUCAUGGUCAGGAAAUAAGAAUGCUCGUCAAACAGUGGAACGCGCGAUGGGCAAAGAAUCUAAAUUGAAAGUAACAUUACCCAAUGACAUAACGAAAGAAUGUUUGAAGAAAUUAUCCAUGUGA